GUAGGUGUAAAUCAGGGGCCCCUCCAGGGCUUUCUGUCAUUAUAUUAAAUGGACUGGAUCACUCUCAUCCUCCUUUAUUCCUUCUUUCUCUUUGUCCCUUCCCUUCCUCUCGUUACUUCCUCUCUAGGCCAGGUGCCAAAAAUGCUGGAGAGGCAGUAUCUCAGCUAUCAGCUUAAAUUGUCAAACUGGCAUCUACCUCUUUCAUUUCAGAGAGCACUGUGAUUGAAAUUCCUUUUAUUUUAGGCAGUGGUAGUAUUUUAAACUCAGAACUAUGUAAAGAAUUGGCGAUAAUGCUGAACUGCUUUGCUGCGAAGGGAUGGUUACAGACCAAGUGAGGAAAUAUUUGCAUAAAUCUUAUGUAGGCAGAUUCCCACCUAGAAAAAGAUGUUGUUUCUGCCAAAAUAUUCAUAAUCUCUCUGGCAUCCACCACAAGACAAUUGUCAGACUUUAUUGGUCUGAUCAGGAAAGGUUUUUGCUUUCAUUUGGUGCCAGCAUAUUUCCCUGACAGUGAUGUGAGAUAUCACCAGAUAAGUUCGUUGACCCUGGAGAUGCCUAUGCAGGGAAUCUCCUGUCAUCUUCUUCAGCAGAGAAUGUCUCUUUCAUAAAAGAACUGCAUAAGAGAUCUGGAAGCACCAAGAUUUGAGAAGGUUACAGGAGAUCACUACAGCCUGAUCUGGCUGCAAGAACCUGUGAAAAGUUCAAAGCUGUUAUCAGUGACUAUCCUGUCCAUGGGAUUCAUCCUCCUGCCCCUUGCCAAGAAGAGGGAAUUGCAUGUGAAGUCAUUUGUCCUCCAUCUGGCAGAUCCUUGAAGCUUGUAUCCCACCUGUCUCAGCCUGUGGAGCCCUGGAGAGCCUGGGUGACUGGUGCCUGGUGCAUUUCCCCACAGGGAUGGAUCGGGGCUGAAGCUGCAGUAGGCACAAAAGAGGUGCACCUGCUUUGGGGAGCUGUUGUCCAAAAGAUACUUGUGGAGCUUCUUCAGUGGGGUUAGUAGAUUUUUGUUUAUUAAAUCUUGGUUUUGUAGAGGAACAAACAAGAAUGGAUAUGUGAAAGCUCUCCCGUUAGGCAGAAUAUUAUAGACUCUGUGUUCAAGCUGUACUUUAAUUAAGGGUAUCAAAAAUAGAAAAAUUGUCAAACAGACUGAACAUUGGGGAUGUUUUAACAGGCAGAAAGAAGGAUGAGUGAGAGCUUAGCAAACUAAUACAGGCUUGGAAAAUAAGAUUUGAUGACCUUUUAAUCACUGCUUUCUCAGUAUGUAGAGGAAGAUCAUUUAUUUUCCCAGUGCUUCAGUUUCUUUCUGUACAGUGGGAAUAAUAAAACCGCUUGAAAUAAGCCUUGUAGGGAGAAAUGUUAAAUAUUGACAAGUGCUUACAAGUUUUGAUCAAAGAAUCACACUGGCUAUUUACUUUGGGCAAGUAAAUGCUAUGUGUGGGUAUGGAAUUUCAAAGUAAAAUAGGUCAUUAAAUCAUGAUAUGGUAAGGCAUUCCUCUUAAAGUCAUGAGCUAAAGAAAAACAACUGAACAUUAAAGAGCCUUUGACAAUCUUCAGAGGAAAAGACAAGUUAUCACCUUUAAAUAUGAAAUUACAGAUAAAUAUAUUUUCCUUCCUGAACCCCCCCGUAAUUCCAAUUAGGGAUUUUACUUCUCACAUCCGCCCCAAACUGUGGCACAAUGCCACUAUGCAUUACUGGACAGCUGCCUUACUUGACCCCAGAAGUGACCACUUCUUGGCAGUGGAUGAAAAGAGUCACACAGGUUCCUUGAGUACUUCACUGAGAUAUUGUGACUAGAUUAAUGCUCAAGAAGUGUUGUGAGAUACUUGGAUUAAAAGCAUUAUGUAAGGCCAAAUUAAUUAUGAGUAUUAAUACAAUCUUGAUCUAAAGAGUAAUUUGAAUAAGGGAUAAAGUAAUUACAAGAUCUUUUUGAGUCACGUACAGCAUGAUUUGCUUCUCCAUAUAAAUAUCUCCCACAUCAUUUAGAAUGUUUUUGUGGAGCAGGGCAGGCCAGUGCCACUCAGAAGUGACACGAAUAUGUGCUGCCAGAUGUGAGUCAUCACUGAACUCCAGCACUUGUUUCUUUGUUCACAUUUCAAGCACAAGACAACCUGUUCCCUACAACAGAGUUGCCAGCAGAUGCCUUGAUGGGACAUGUAAUCAGGAGGCUGCCAAACAAGGAGGGGUUGUUUGAUUUUGUUCUGAAAUUUGGGGAAUUAUCUUCAUUUCCUGUGAACACCUGUGGUUACAUGGCACAACCAUCCUUGUCCUUGGGUGAAAUCCUGGCAUUUCUGAAAUAAAAGAAAUCCAAGAAAUGUCCUGUUUGCCUUCAGUGGAACCAGAAUUUCCAUCAUGUACAUGUUUCAGUGCCAUCUUCUUUCAGUAGAAAUCAAAGAUGGAAGAGAAAAUCAAAUUUGGUAUUUGAAAAUAUCAAAACUAGCAUUGGCUUUUGCAAUUAUCCACUCGAAACCACCAGGGAAGAGUUCCAAAGAAUAUACUGAGCAUCUUGCCAAAACUGUAUCCGAACAAGAUUUUGGAUGGAAGUGGAAAGUUGAAGUGCUGGAAGCUGAAGUUCUUCGAUUAAGACAAGAACUUCUUUUGAACCGGAUCUGUCCAAGAUUCUGCUUGGAAAAUAGAAAACCAGGUACCUCUGCUGAAACUCUUCUGAAUCAAGAAUCUAUAAACCCUACGAAUUACUCAAGCCAGCUAGAAGACUCUGGAUGUGAUGUCUCUAAUGACUCUGCAUUUGAUUCUUUAGGCAUAGCUUCAGAUUUUCACCAAUCUGAGCAUAAUGUCAAAGUUCCCCCAUUGAAUCUUUGCCAUAGUAGCAAGGAGCAAUCUCUGACUGCUCCAGUACAGUUUUUGCAACAUUUGCUUGAAAUAAGAAAACUGUCAGAAGGAGGAAUUCUUCAAGCAGAUUUCUCAGAGCUUGAGAAUGAUUCUUUCACCGUAUGCAAUUCAGUGUCUCAGUUACUUGAUGGACUGACUGUUUUUUACAACAGUCCUAAAUUUCCAGUUUCGAAUUUUCUUACUGAAGCAGUUUGUGUUUUGGUCAGUUUAAUAACUGAUACUAAACUAUCUAAUCAUGUUUUAAAAAAGUGUUUCAAGAAGCUGGAAGAAUUUAAGAAAAAUCUAAUUCAAAUUAUUUUAAGAAACAGCAGUGUCAAUAGGUUUCAGGCACUGCAUUCUGUAUCAGAAACACUGAUUUUGCUAGGAAGGAACAGCAUAUUAAGAAAUUCUUUAAUAUCGCUUCUACUAUCAGAAGUACGUCAGUUUGCUGAGCAGCUGUUGCAGGCCCACCAGGUCCAGUCUGUGUAUGACAUUACCCAGUAUGAGAAUAUUUUUCCUUUGUGCAUGAUUCUGGAAAAACUUCUUCAAAAUAAGACAGAAGAAAGUAAUGUUUCGAGCUCAGACUAUGAAGGAGAAGAAAAAAUCAAAUUUCUGAAGAACCUUGAUCAAAUUAUUCUUCAUCUCUCAGAUGAAUUCCCUCUAUUUUCUUUAUAUUUAUGGAGAGUGAGUGUUCUUUUAAACUCAGCUGAAAUGCAAAUUGAUUAAAACAAGCAGCCUACUUUUUAACAGUGCAUUUUUUGGGGGGUAUACAUUGGAAGGCUUUCGAGCCAGACAGGAAAAUUGUUGUUAUUGGAAAACAUUUACUUUAAACUACUAUUCCAUACACCAGUUUCAGAGAUAAUGCAGUUUAUUUCCAAACUUAAAUAUAGAAAAAAAUGUAAUAAUACAGGUGCCAUUUUGAAUAAAUGCUGUUUCACGUAAUGGAAAACAAUAUGUUGGUGUUUGUGUACACAGUGAAAAUGGAACACAGAAAGUUGUUUCAGGUGCUGUUUAAAAUAAACACUAUGAAUUUUAAAGUUGAGUCAUAAAAUGUGUGUAGAGAUUCCAAGUUAGGAAACUGUUGCCUGUCCUUUAAGAGUUGUGUAGCUUCUGUAUAAUUUAGAUACAGUGUCUGGUUGGCAGAAAUAGAAAUGCUUAUUUUAAACUUGGUAACUCAUCAUUACAAAUAGUUAUAGGACAUACUUUGUUAACAAUUUAAUCAAAAUAGUCAUUACCUGAGCAAAAUAAAAUGUGGUGCUCAGUUUUACAAUUUUCUUACACUCGUAUACUGUUUGGCUUUACUUGUGUAUGCACAAGUGUAGGUACAGUAGGCCUAAUUCAUUCUGAGUUGUGUAAUGAUUUCAGAGAUCUAAUCUGAAUAAAUAUAACUCAUUCAGUGGUUACUUUAAACCUCUCUGUUCAAAAUUAAUGAAUAUUGAUAAAAUCCUCUUUGUGUCUUUUCAUUUUAUCUGAUUUUCAAUUUUUGUUUUCCUGUCUGAUGGUAUUAUAUUCAUAGUAAUAAUUAAAGUAAAAGAUUUUAACAGAAAUUAUCUUAAACAUAGUCUUUAUAGUGUGAGUUCAAUAAUACCUUAACAGAACCAGAGUAUUUAAUUUAUCUAGAGGAUAACUAUAAUGAUAAACAACUUUUUUUCUAGUAGACAAACAACAUUUUAGUUGUAUUAUGUCUUCUAGAAGUGCAUAUUUCCUGUAAAUAUAAAAAAUUUUGAGAAUUAGUCCUUUUCCUUCCCCUUGCACUUGUUUCAUCAGAUCAAUUUUUAUGUCAGGAAAAUUUGCUGAAACACUGUUAUCUUGUUAAUUUGAAUGCAUUUAUUUUGUAAUAAACCUUUGCUUUAUAAAUAUGUAAAACACAUUGAUAUUUAGAAAGCAGGUGAAUUGGCAGGUGAAUUACUGUGAUGGUGAAUUGGCUCCCCAAAGAGUGUUUCUUAGUUUGACACUGGCCACUGUUCUGUUUCUUCAUAUUUGAUAUGUCAUAUGGUAACAGUUAUUUAACGCUUUCUUUUAGCAAAUUUUUUUCCACAGAAAUCUUUGAUUUGCAAAGCAAGUAUUUCUGAAUAGUCACAUGACAAAAUCAGAUGAGUUUAGCCAAACUAAAGAAAAUAAAUAUGUUUUGUAGCUACUCAGGAACUGCCAUACCCUUUUUAUUACUACUUUACUUACUUGUUUGGUUGUUUCAUUAAGAGAAGAGAAUCAGUUCUCCCUCCACAGCACCGAAAACAUGGUUACAAAAAGAGCAAGGAGAGAAGUCAACAAAAUGAACUGUUAUCUAACUGAUAUAAUUUGCAUUUUCAUUUUUUCAAAAAAGCUUCAUUCAAAAGUAGUUUGUAAACAAAAGACACAAAACACAGGAGGAUACUGGCAUCUGUAUAAUAGCAAACUGUGUGUGUUCCAAGACUCUAGUUCCAAACAACAGGUUCAGCACUAGAUUGCACGCCACUGCACCUUUGCUGAUCGACUGGCAAAAAAUAUUUUUGUCACUAGUAAAACAACACGAGCACAAAGGGAUGCAUAUUUUCUUCUUUGCAGAUUGUAGCAUUUUCUCACCAGCAAACUCUCUAGGCCACUGGAAAAGCAAUGGAUAUUUUGGGAAAUAUAUUCAUUGCUGGUAAAUUUUGAAGUAACUGCUCACUUGAGACAUGAUUUUUGACAUGUUUUUUCACAGCAUAGAGAGAGAGGAGGUUUUGUGUCCAGAGAUGGCAUAACUACAUGGCACUUAUGCUCUGACGGGAAUUUGAAACUGUUAUGCAGCUUCGAAAGCAUUGAGGCAGUGAGAGUUCCCCUUGUAAUGCCAUUGCAGCAAUCUAGACACGCUGGCCUCUCUGCAAAAGGGAUGUCACCUGGUCACCUGGGCUCUCUUUAUCUGUUUCAGUGGAAAAUUAAAUAAUGCAGUGAACCACAUUAAUGAGCACCUCAGCUUUGGUGGGAGCAAUAACCUCUGCAAUCAGAAUACUCAUUAGAUUGUUGUCUCACAUUUCUUGAAGAGAUUUUUCACCAAGAUGGGACUUGCCUUAAGAUGAAGAUGUGCAAAGGUAGACAUGUGCAUUUAGAUGUCUCCCUGUGGUUGAGAUGUCUAAUCUAUGAAACACUUGCAAAGUACCCCAAUGUUUUGGCCUGGGUAUCCAGCUACUACCACAAAGGACUGCAGAUCUUCUCUAAGACCUGCAUCACAUUUUCUCUCUUCAUGUAGAUGCCUCUGAUACCCUGGAGCAUCUUUAGUGGCACCGUCACUUAAAGUGUGUGCUUAGACAACUGAAUUGAGCAGUGGUGAUAGCGUGAGCAUGGAUAUACAGCUCACAAACAUCCAUUUAGGUGUCUUAAUGUGAAAACUAAAUCCUACCUUUGUGAGAUCUUAUCUGUUUUUUAGAGUAGGAAAUCCUAGGUUUAAAUCCCUGCUCUUCAGACAAUUUCUAGUCUUGUCUGAUGACUGUUAGAUGUAACUUGAGUAAACAUCACUGAGUUUUGUAAAAAAACAGGAUGACUGAGACAGUCCCUGGAAGAUUUACAACCAGGUUACAAGUCUUGGACUUAAACUAAGUCUUUUAGUUUUACAUCCACACAUCCAACUUUUACCUAUCUGACCUCCAGAGAGGAAUACCAAACCCAGAAAAAGUAUCUGUGCUCUUUGCUGAGUGUAGGAUGUCUCAAAAGAACAAUCUCAAAAUCCCAUGUGCUGAGCAUAACACAUCGUAGAACUAAACAGAAAACACUUAAAAAAAAUAACUCGGUCUGAUCUGUCAUUGCUCCCUGGAGUGUGUCACCUGAGUUACACUUACAGUUUUAGAAUGAACAGUUCAAGGAUAUUUCUUUUGUCUUGCACAUUCUUUUUGUAAAUAAAUGUACUUUAAAAUUUGGCAAAA